ACAGACUCUGGUAGUGGAGGGGGAGGCGUUUUGCUCGGCUGAGACAGGGAGUGAACGAGCAGAGAGGGAGAGAGAAACCAGCGGAUCUGGCCCUUUAAAUCACCAAUACAGCAGCGCAUUCGGAGAGACAAGCCAAUGUGAGCUCAGCUGCAGUCCGGCUCUGUCGUCUUGACUUGGCAACUGUUUUUCUGCACUGCUCAGAUCUCCAUCCAGUCACGUUUGUGUUCAGAGAGAGUCCCAUCAGUUUUCUCCUGUGUUGGUGUAUUCUGAUGGAUCAGUAUGUCUACCACUAAUAAUAUCGCCCAGACCAGGAAACUGGUGGAACAGCUGAGGAUUGAGGCAGGGAUUGAACGCAUUAAGGUGUCUAAAGCAGCAGCAGACCUGAUGAGUUACUGUGAGCAGCACGCUCGUAGCGACCCUCUGCUGGUCGGGGUUCCCACCUCCGAAAACCCUUUCAAGGACAAGAAGCCCUGCAUCAUCCUAUAGCCGCGCUACGCUCCAUUCACAUACACCCAUGCACAUACAGACACACUUAAAGAAAUGCACACAUUCAGUACUUCAAUUGAUCCCCAUACACACACACACACACACACACACACACAUACACAUGCAAACACACACUUCAAGCCCAUCUAGCACACACUCCCAAAAUAGCCACUCUGGAAAAGCGCCAUACCCCGGAGCCACAGCUAGGGGGCAGGUAUCUCGUUGUCUCUGUGGCUGACAUCAGUAUAUCACUGAGUAUGAUCCAAGGUGCUUUUGGUAAUAUUCACAUGUGCUGGUAAAUUAACUCUACAAGUGUCAGCUUAACUUUUCAAAAGGGAUUUGGACAUUAAUAAUCAGCAGGAUUUUUUGUUCCUUCUUUUGUCAUGAAGUGAGGGGUUGGGUGCUUAGGCAAGGAGUGGGAGGAUGCAUGUGAGCAACAGAAAUGGGCGGCAGGCUCUGCUGCCAAACACGACCUGAUGUCCCAUUAAAAGCUCAAUACAAGCUUUUUAUAGUGGGAGUUGAAAAGGUCUGCCCACGAGCCUGCCUGUGCUAAAUCAUGGCGGGUAAUUUUGGAGCGAGUGGCUAAAGCCUUUGCCUUCUAUCGGGCUAGCAUGUUCCCACCCAAAAAACCUGUUUCAACAGACCUUCUCUGCCUGUGGCCUCACUGCGGCCGUCUGGCCAAACCUCCAGCUGUGCCAACCUGUACAGAAAGUCGUCUCUAGAUGCUGAUCUGCCGUCAAACGAUCCCACCGCAGUUCAUUAUAGCUGCUGUUUGGUUGAAAUCGAUGUCUAAGCUGACCUCAGAUCUGCACCUAUGAGGGGAACAUGCUCUACACAGAACUCAAGCUAUUAACCCUGGACGUUUACUGCAUUUUUCUUAAGAAAUACUUGUUUGUGAACUGUACGUUUUGAUAUUUUGUUGAAGCUUAACAGAUAAGAUAAUACUGUAUUUUUUUGUUUUUAAUUAUUGUUUUGCUUUGACAUAGGUGUUGCCUCUGGCUGAUCAGGUUUCUCUUCCUGUCUGGCGUUAAAUGCUAGUGUUAAUGAAACGACAGGAGAUCUGGUUGUAAGCCAGGGGUAAUACCUAGAACCAGACACCUGCUAGGAUCUUAAACAAAAGGUUCUACUGUACAUCAAGCCUCCCUGUGCUUUACCCUGAGAGAGGGCGAGGUCGCAGCCCGAGAACCAGUCUGCAAGGACUGCAAGGCUGGAGGAGAAAAACCCAAACUUUAGAAGUUAAAGCUGUCCCGAAAAGUGGAAAGAAGCUUUCCAUUUCCUACUUUCUCCGCUUAUGUUUGAUCCUUUCGAUUGGCAGUUUUCAUAAGGUGGAGGGUAGAGAUAUAUUGCAUUGGAUAGUGGAUGUUUUGUUUGCCUCUAUAAUAGAGGAAGUCUUUCUUUAAAUCAAAAAUAAAACAAAUAUGACCUGGCUUUAUUACCAGUCUUUAAAGUCCCCAGUCGACCCAGUAGAAGCUUCAAUGUGAGCUCAAACUGGUCAGGGGACUGGAUCAGUAAGAGCCAGCAGCAGUUCCCCUCUCGGUUUCCUCCGUCCUCCUCUCCUCCACAACGCUCCUCCUCUCUGACAAACCAAACUUGAUUGUAAAAGCUGAAGAUGAAGUGAAAAAAAAAAUGAAGUCAAGAGAAACAAACUAAGUGUAUAAACUUUCUUUCAGACGUGUGCAGAAGUGAUAAGUUGAAGAGUAGCUGUUUUGGGUUUAUUUUUGAGUUUCUUCUUUCUAUGGAGUCCAUGGAACCUGGUCAGUUGAGUAUUACCCUGUACAGUGUUUGUAAGAUACAAAAUCUAAACACAGAAAAACCCUUCUGUGGAUGUUGGAUUUUUUUUUUAGUACUACUUAUUCUGUUCUGUCAGUCAGGAUCAUGUCUGUCUUCAUUUCUUCUUCUUUUGUUUUGUCAUUCGGGUUGUAGAGGCUGGCGAUAGUAGAGGAUGGUUUUAACCACAAAUACAAACACCUGAUAGAAACAACUGUUAGGUUUAGGAUCCUGUUAGAGGAUGAAUCAACAUCGGACCUCAUUCCAGUGGCAACCUCCUGAUCUAUCCUUUAACACCAGAGCAGCCCACAGUUUUUAUCAAGUGUUGGUUUUGGUGGGCGGCAGGCAACUAGGACAACAUGCACAUAACACACACUCUCUCUUACUGUUUUUCGUUUAAGGUUUGAUUGUCAGAGGUCAAAGUUUAAAGGAGCGGCAAGGCUGGGCAUUUAGGCUGAUGGCACAAAGCUGCGGGGAGCUUUGUGCCAUCAUAUUUACAUUUGAGCAUUUAGCCGAGGCUUUUGUCAGGAGUAACGUACAGUGACAGGGCAGGGUGGAGUCUUUUGGAUGGGACUUACGGCUGCUGAUGGAUUGUCAGGGGAGUUGAACCCACUGCUUUUCUGUUCUCUAAUCACUAGGUCAAUAUGAGCCACCUGCUGCACUGACUUGUGGGAGUCUGCAGUUUUUCUGGAAGCGGUGAGAGGUGAGCAGUUGUUUGUUUGCACAAUCUGCUGGGGACACCUUUUAAAAAUACCCACAUUAAGAAGUUAAUGGUGUAUUUAGUCCUGAAAGUGUUAUUUUCUUUAUACAAAAUUUGUAGCUCCACUUUUUCUGUGGUAUUGUGACAGAAUAUUUAAAAGAAAUGUCUUGAAAUGUGGCACCCUC